CAUCAGUGCGCCGGCGUCGCUGCCGAGGUGCACUACCGCUUAAUAUACUUCAGUUCAGUCGUAGCAGUACCCUAUGUGAGUAGAAGUAUUCAAAGAAUCAAUCAAGUCGUGAUUAUACAAGGCUGCGAAUACUUCAAAUAGGUAUACAUGAAACUGCAUUUAUUUUUCCCACGGCUAUAAAUCAUAAAGAGACGCACCGCUGUUGUUAGAUAGGGUUUUACAAUACUGCGUUAUAGACUUUCGAACUAAUCAUGUGGGCGGUGGAGCCCUUCAAAAGUACUGAGACAAACAGAAUACCAUACGAAUUUGUGGGAAUCCCGCAUGGUCCAUACAUGAGAGAAACAUCGUGCGACGACCGCCGAGCUUAACCGUAGCGCUACGGCGAGGGCGCGAGUGCGCGAGGGGAUACGAACCAGCACCGGGGGAGUGGCCCGCUGACGUCGCUAUUGGCUCCUCACACUACAAUAUUAUAGUCACAAGCGCCUCUUUACAGCGACUCACUAUCAAACUUCAAUGCGAGCCACACAGAUCAUAAUAGUUCUCGAGCAUAUCGUCACUGCGCGUCGAACACGCCAAUCAUUGGCUUGAAAUGUACGCGGAGAGUCGUAUUAUGGAAAUAUAAAUUGACCAACCGUAGAGCAAAUUCGGUUAGUUCGUUAAAGUUAAUUGAAGCCAUUUAACCGGGACGGAUACAAGGAUACGAACGGCGCGAGCGUUCGUCGAUCCCGAAACGUAGAUUAAAUGAAGGCAAAUUGUUUAUUACUGAAAUUAAUAAUUAGUCGGUGAGCAGAUCUCGGCUGGGCCGAGGCAAGCACGGGGCCGAGCAUCAGCGAGAUCUUCGCGACGGAGUCCAGCGAGGUGGGCGCGGAGGUAGCGGGCCCGCACCCGCCGCCACCCGACGGCUAUAUGUACGUGUGCGGGGAUGGAGCCCUAGGGCCGGCCGCUCGCUACGAGUGUGCCUUCGAACAAGCACCGGCUUCCAUGGAACAACCACCCUUUGACGAACAGAUGUUUACUGAUUUCGGAAAAGAUCGACACGUUCAGGUGGUCGUCGGAUCCGUUGGUGAACUCCAAUACAGGGAUGAUAUGCCAGUGUAUAGCGGAGGACCCGAUCAAAAACGAAAGGAGGAACCGUUACUACUUCAAACAGUAGAUUCAUCACCGGCAACUCAUCCACCUCCGCCGCCUCCUCCUACAUCAAAAAAGAGUGAUAAAAAGAAAAAUGAUAAUAAUGGAAUCAAGAAAAAAAAGACACGUACCACAUUUACUGCUUAUCAAUUAGAAGAAUUGGAACGAGCUUUCGAAAGAGCCCCUUACCCAGAUGUGUUCGCCAGAGAAGAAUUAGCUCUCAAGCUCAAUUUGUCCGAAUCACGUGUACAGGUUUGGUUCCAAAAUAGAAGAGCGAAAUGGCGCAAACGUGAACCACCACGAAAAACUGGUUAUAUUGGAUCUAGUUCACCCAGUUCUACCACAUUAGGAGGAGGGUUCUCCGGUAUCGGCAGUAAUCUACCAGCGUUUCCUCAAAACGGAAUUCCGGCUCCGGCAGACUCAUGGUCUUAUCAACAUUCCUAUGAGUUAUCGUCACAUCAUUUACUGUCCUCUAGCAGCAGUGGAUAUCCGGGAUUUAAUACUCAGCCAGCGUACACCUAUACAACAGUACUCAACGGUCACGAUGGACAAAUGUUCGCACCUAGGCACUCUUAUGAGUAUGGCGAAGGCAGUCCGCCGCCACUAGGGGUGAGAGAUUAUCCAAUGAUGGCGGCGCAUUCACCGCAAAUGGAAGCUCACGGUCAUGACGACAAACUUGAAUAUCGGGCUCAUGACCACGAAGACAAAUACAAUGCGUGCGCCCUACAAGAUGAGCCGCCGCGUUACGCAGGACCUCCUGAGGACUAUGAAAAAUGUGGUAUAGUGACCCAUGAGAAACACUACGAAAUGGAUCGUCACUCGGAGUUAUCACAGCCAGUGGUUGUUAAAAUGGAACCGAGUCCCAGCCAGGCCUACACCACCCUGCCCCCUUUUUUGAAUUGAAAUACUCCUUUUCGAAAUUCUCUCACCAAUAAAAUAGAUUAAUUUCGAAAAGGAGUAUUUAUUUAUUUUUGAUUUUAUGUUUGUCUUUUAGGGUGGUAAAGGUGUAGAUAGCUUUUUAGGAUAUUAAAUUUUACUAAUGUCUCUAGCUCUGUUUAUAAAGAUUAUAAUUUUAUUGAUAGAUAUUAUUAUAGAUACGGUUGAUUUAAGAGAAUUGUUUAGAGUGCAUUACCGUUUUUUUAUUAGCAUUUUAAGUUUUUUUUCGCCUAAUAAUCAUAUUGACUUUAUAUGGUCUAAACUCUACAGAUAUACCAAAGAAUGAAAGCGUGUUUGUUAAUAUCAUGUAAAAUUAAAUUUCAAUGUUAUAGGUGCCUAGGUAAAUUUUUAGGUUAAAUGAUUGAUAUGUUAUUAAAACCUAUUUUCGUAUAGGAAACUUCACUUCUUGUGCAUUCCUUGUGCCUUAAUGAUAAGAUUACAUUUGGAUAGUGUUAAAAUAUAUAUUGAAAGUUUUCUCAAUUUCUUUUAGGUAUGUACUUAGUUUGAUAGUUAGAAGAGAUUUUAAUUUCGAUCGUUAGCUUUUUUAUCUUAUUCUUAUCUUAUUAGUUAAUAUUACAUACAAUGAUUGAAUGACUACACUGAUUGCCAACUCAUCACAUUCGAAUAAUUAUAUUUUAAUAACGUAAAUUUCAACAAUCAACAGACGCGCGAAAUUUACGCGAUAAAAUGCAAGACGCUUCUUGGUAGUGGUAUUCGCGUUACAGUCUUUAUUUUAAAACGAGUAAAUAAUUUGGUUUAGUUUAGAAAAUUACUAGUGGUUUUCGUUUACAUUACGUAUACCUACUAGUUUUUUGCUGGUUUCGGAAUCGAUUCCCACAUACUAAGCUUAAGAAAACCUCUAGGGACUAUUCUGGCUUCGCCCUGAGCCGUGGGCGAGCUCACGGGGCUCAGCCUAAAAGGAAUUGAAAACAUCUGCCCUAGCAGGAGCAAUGUUCCACUGAAUCUACCAUCGGAACAAAAUCGGGAUCCACGGAGAAGAUCUGGCGAGAAACUUAGUGGGUUGUCAAUGGGUUGAUCGCUACCUUGUGAACGUCAGUAAUUGUAUGCAAAACAUUAAUUUGUUGAAAGUAUACGCGCAGAUCUUAUUGUACGUUGAUGUUAGUACGACAGUAACUUAACCAAAGAUGCUUGGCCAGUGCUAUCUAUUAGCGUUAACGUCUGUAGAAAACAAAAAAAUUUACAUGACUUACAUAAUUAUGCUCGCGAAGUCGCGUGGUCUAGCUACGCUAGUAGGUUGGCCCCUUUUAGCGAUAGCUACCACUGUAACAAAUUUCAUCAUAAUCCAAUGACUGCUUUAGGAACGCAGAGACGACUAACAUAUAAAAAGAAAAUGAAUUUUAUUUGUAAUAUAUAACUAGCAAACUAACUGGUAUCUUAAGUGUGAAAAUAUUAAGUUAUUUCUUUUUUAAUAUAAUAAAAUUAGGUAGGUACCUAAAUAUUUAUGUAGAAUAUAGAAAAAAGAAGUGAAUAGCAUGUGCCAAAGAAAAGAAAGAGUUAUAUUUAUAGCUUAUAGUGACAUUUAUUGUAAUAUUCGAUAAAUUAGUUAAUAUAGCAAAUAAGUAACCGGAUUAUACAAAGAUUUUGUUUUAAAUUUAAUGUAGGUUAGAAAUAUAUUUAAAUAUAUUAUACAUAGAUUGUAGAUGAUUAUAAUAUUUGAUACGAAAUUAAGUAGGUAGGUUUUUAUAUGAAUGUUUCUUUGAUAAAAUACUUUGACUAUAAUUUUUAGUGUUAAAUUUACAACACUUAUUCUGAUGAACAAUUUAGGUUACUUUAUUUGUUUUAUAUAUGAGGAAUAUAUAUUCCAAAAAUGGAUUCUUUUAAUACUUUUAAAAUUUAUACAAACCUAGUACAAGCGUUAAAAUGUUGAUAGCUUUCUUGUCUUUAGUCAGAGAUAAAGUAAAUGCCUAGUUAACUUUACUUCUAACUAAAAAAUAUACUUCCCUAAUCUACAAACACAAACUCUUUAUAUAAAGUCGUAUAGUGUGUUAAAAUUAUUAUAAUUAAAAUGGUGUUAAUUGUACAUUGUUUACAUAUUCGUCUACGACAAACAAAGCACAAUUAAUCACAUUGGCUUUUUUAAGAUGCAUUACAUUUUAAUAUUAUUCUUAGUUAGUUAGUAAGCUUCGAAAGCAAUAAGAUAAUUAUUUUUCCAUUUUUCAUACUGUGAAAGAAUUGUAAUACAAAUUUAAGAAAGUAAUAAA